CUGUCAUGAAUGCUAAGGCUAGUUAGCAUAGCCACGAGACGAACAGUUUUUCUGUAAAGUUGUUUCUCUGCCAGGAUUUCCGCCACAAAACUUGCUUAGUUCGGCACUAGGGGGCGCUAAGCCAGUCCACCAGCCGCCCUCCAUGUUUUUGUGGUAAAAAUUAUGAAAGUUACAAGAAUUUGAAGACAUGAAAACAGUCCCACCGGGUCCCAUCCCGUCCCACCGGGUCCCAUCCCGUCCCACCGGGUCCCAUCCCGUCCCACCGGGUCGUCCCGUCCCACCGGGUCGUCCUGUCCCACCGGGUCGUCCUGUCCCACCGGGUCCCAUCCCAUCCUACACCGGGUCAUCCCGUCCCACCGGGUCCCAUCCCGUCCCACCGGGUCCCAUCCCGUCCUACACCGGAUCCCGUCCUACACCGGGUCGUCCCACCGGUCCCGUCCCACCGGGUCCCGUCCCACCGGGUCCCAUCCCGUCCUACACCGGAUCCUGUCCUACACCGGGUCGUCCCACCGGUCCCGUCCCACCGGGUCCCAUCCCGUCCUACACCGGAUCCUGUCCUACACCGGGUCGUCCCACCGGUCCCGUCCCACCGGGUCCCAUCCCGUCCUACACCGGGUCGUCCCACCGGUCCCGUCCCACCGGGUCCCGUCCCACCGGGUCCCAUCCCGUCCUACACCGGAUCCUGUCCUACACCGGGUCGUCCCACCGGUCCCGUCCCACCGGGUCCCAUCCCGUCCUACACCGGGUCGUCCCACCGGUCCCGUCCCACCGGGUCCCGUCCCACCGGGUCCCAUCCCGUCCUACACCGGAUCCUGUCCUACACCGGGUCGUCCCACCGGUCCCGUCCCACCGGGUCCCAUCCCGUCCUACACCGGGUCGUCCCACCGGUCCCGUCCCACCGGGUCCCGUCCCACCGGGUCCCAUCCCGUCCUACACCGGAUCCUGUCCUACACCGGGUCGUCCCACCGGUCCCGUCCCACCGGGUCCCAUCCCGUCCUACACCGGGUCGUCCCACCGGUCCCGUCCCACCGGGUCCCAUCCCGUCCUACACCGGGUCGUCCCACCGGUCCCGUCCCACCGGAUCCAGUUUACUCCGUCUGUCCUGUUGCUGCUUCUCAGCCUGGAUGGAGGGUCAUAAAAGCCAGCAGGCUGAUGAACUGGAGGAAACCCUGCUCCGCAUUAGCACAUUGAGCAGCAAGAGCAUCAGGAUGAUUGACAGCACUAAGCCCCGCCUUCUGGUUCUGAUUGGUUGUUUUUGGUGCAGCUCAUGGUGCAUCCAUCCUUCAGAAACACGAAUCUGACAUAUUUUUAAAAAAAAGUCGUUUUAUUGUCGCCUGCAGUUUUAACUGAACCUGCUGUUAGUGCCUGUCGCCAUGGCAACCGAUGCCUCAGAUAGAGGAUUUCGCCAGAACC